AUGAAUCGGGAGCAACUUCUGCACGCCCUUCAGGCGACGACCAGCUCGACCGAGUCGAAAGAAGCCGGAAAUUACCUUGAUGGGUGCACUCGAGUGAUCGGUUUCCCGUCGGAGCUGCUGAAGGUGGUUGUUGACGGAAGUGUGCCCGACACCGUGAGGCAAGCGGCCGUCAUCUACUUCAAGAACACAUUGCUCAAGCAUUGGGAGAAAGACGAGGAGGACACCGAGAAGGAGAACAACGAUUUCUGCAUCGCUGAUCAAGACAAAUUCUUUAUUCGUGAGAAUAUCGUCGAUGCGGUUUGUGUGGCGCCGGAGAUGGCCAGGAUUCAUUUGUGCACAGCCGUUCAAACGAUCGUUCGCUUGGAUUAUCCGGAUAAAUGGCCGAAUUUGGUCGCAAAGAUCACUCAACUCUUGUCGGCUACGGAUGCCAAUCAAUGGCUUGGCGCCUUUCUCGUCAUCUACAAAGUUUCGAAGGUCUAUGAAUAUAGACGUGCCAAGGAACGCGGUCCGCUCGUCGAGGCGAUGCAGCACAUUUUGCCGAUCGUCUAUCAGCACUUCAUCCAUUUGCUUCCAAACCCGUCCCAGGAAUCCGUCCUACUGCAAAAGAUCAUUUUGAAAAUUUUCUUUGCGCUUAUUCAGUUCUCACUCAAUAUGGACAUGUUACCAGUGGAGGUGUUGGAUCAAUGGUUGGAGGCUAUAAAAGAGAUCGUUGUGAGACCAGUGCCUGCCGAAGCUGCGACAGUCGAUGACAAGGAUGAGGCGGCCCAGAUGAUCUGGUGGAAAGCCAAAAAAUGGGCGUGCAAGAUCUUGGAACGAGUUUUUGAUAGAUAUGGAGCUCCGGGCCAGGUCGAUAAGGGUUACGCCGAAUUCGCGAAUCAUUUCAUCGCGAAAUUCUCGAUCCCAUGCGUUGAGGCUUUUUUGAGCCUCCUGGAGCAGAAACGACAGGGUCACCUGGUCACGGAUCGAGUUCUCCACUUGAGCAUCAGCUUCCUCAACACGGCCGUCUCGCAUUCGGUCACUUGGAAAGUGAUCAAGCCACAUAUGCUGGACGUUGUAAAACUCGUGCUUUUCCCGUUGAUGUGCCAUUCGGAUGAAGACGAGGAAUUAUGGGUGGACGAUGUGCAAGAAUACAUUCGAUUUAAAUUUGACAUUUUUGAGGAUCUACACAAUCCCACCUAUGCAGCCGGCUCGCUAUUGACGGCGAUUAGCAAACGGAAAGACACAAUGCAGCCAUUGCUUCAAUUCAUUAUACAGGCUCUCACCGAUUCCCACGAUGCUCGCCAGGUUGAUGGAGCUUUGCAUAUGGUUGGUGAACUUGCGAAUCAACUCUGCAAGAGUAAGAAGUACAAGAAAGAUGUUGAGAAAUUGCUCGAAGCACAUGUUACGGGCCGACUCUUGGCUCAGGAAAGAUUUGUUCGGGCUCGGGCGGCUUGGUGUGUGAAAGCGUUCUCGAAUGCGACUUUCCAUCAUAAGAACUACUUGUCAAAGAUUGUUCAAAACAUUGCUCAAGUGAUCGCGCAAGACAACGAGGAGCUGCCGGUUAAGGUCGAAGCUGCCUUGGCUCUACAAUAUUUACUCAAUGAUCAGGGUGAAACAGUUCAAACAAUGCUCCGCCCGAUGAUCAAAGAUAUCAUUCCGAAAGUGCUCGAACUGGUCGCUAAAACACAGAUCGAGGACGUUUGUGGGGUGAUGGAUCAAUUGAUCGAGGAUUAUAUGGAUGAAGUGAUUCCGAUUGCCACAAAGCUUUCCGAGACUUUGAGCAACAUGUUCAUCGAGAUCAUCACCCAGGAGGAGAUUGCCGACGAUCGAACCCCCACGUUGAUGAGUGUCAUUUCAACACUGACAAACAUCCUUGAUGUGGUCGAAGAACACGCGGACAUCAUGCGACAAGUUGAACAACACGUGCUCCGAAUCAUCAAACUCGUCUUCGAGAGUGAAAUGGCCGAUUACUAUGAUGAUAUCUUGCUGCUCAUUCAGUCGUUGAUUAAUAGCUACGUUUCUGUGGAUAUGUGGGCCAUCUACUUUGAAGUGUACAAGAUUUUCAAGAGUGGCAACAAUUCACUUGUGCUUUUCACUGAUAUCAUGCCGGUGUUGCAUCAAUAUUUGGCGACGGACACUGACGGCUUUUUGGCUCGACCCGAGCGAUUGGCUUGUUGCUAUGAGAUGUGCGAACUGGUGCUUAGAGACAAAGAUCAAGGUGACGAUAAUCAAGUGCAUGCUGCUAAAAUGCUUGAGUGCCUCUUGUUACAGUGUCCUGGGGUGAUCAACUCGGCUCUACCGCAAAUCAUCGUGUUGACCCUACAACGACUGAGCGAACCAUUUGAGGGACUCACCGAGUUGAAGCCGCUACUUGUUGUGGUCCUCAUUGCGGCCGUUUACACAAACGCUGAGAUGGCGAUUCAAACGCUGCGACAAGUGGCGCCACAUCAUCCAAAUCCGCUUGACUAUUUGACGGAAGAGCUGAUCUCGCUCACCACGAAAUGGGAGGGUAUCCACAAUCGGAAGAUGGUCAUCUUCUGCUGGUGCACUCUUUUGCGACUCCCCGCUCAACUUCGACCCACCAUCAUCUCGUAUCAACCGGUUAAGGUCAUUGAAUCGUGUGUGACUGUGUUUGAGGGAUUGGAACGAUCGAUGAAAGCACAAGCCGAGGGAGCCAAAUUGGAAGACGAGGACAGCGAGGAGGAUAGUGAUGAUGACGAGGAGAACCUCCCAAAAAAAGGCAAAAAGAAAGGCUCGUCGGCGCGAAACAAACACCGAAACAUGGACCAAGACCUCGGCGAUUCGGAAGAUGAAAUUGACGAAGGAACCCUACAGUACUUGCAAUCGCUCGCUAAACAGCACAAAACAGGUGAAGACGGAGAAGAUGACGAGGACUCGGGUGAUGAUUCGGACGGGGAAGAGUUCGAGCUGGACGAAACGGAGUCUGAGGCCUUUGUCACUCCAUUAGAUGAUGAAGAGACAGCUCCCGAUCCGUUUGUGAUGUUCAAGAAGACGAUGGAAGAGUUUGAACGCGUCGAGCCGGCUCUUUUCAAUCAAAUGGUUAGCCCAUUGGACGAGAAGGGACAAGAAGCACUCCGCAAAUUGAUCACGACCUGUGCCCAACACGCUCAACACGAGGAGUCAAAGAAAGUCGAGCAAGCUGGCGGCUACGAGUUCGGAAAAACCGAGGUGCCGACCGCGUUCAAUUUCAUCAAC